CUUUCCAACCUGACGCUCUCGCGCACAACCUCGCGCGCACACAAAGCACAGACGGCUAUGGUGAAAGCAAACGCAGGAGGACGUCGGGUGAGCUCGCGCCGCAGAGAUUGAGCGCGUGAGGAGGAGAAGAUGUCUGUGGACGAAGUGUCCGUGUUUCGACCCUUCAAGCUCAUCGCGCUGCUCUGCGUCUUCCUCGCUCUUUGCCUGGACGUGGUCGCUCUGCUGAGCCACUCGUGGGUCACCGCGGACCGCUUCUCCCUGUCCCUUUGGGAGUCCUGCUCCCAGUCUGGGCCGGAUAACUCCGCGGAGGAGGCUCGGUGGAGCUGCUUCUCCACCCUCACAUCUGACUGGCAGAUCGCCACCUUGGUACUGCUUGGGGUCGGCGCCGUUGCAACUCUGGUGGCCUUUUUGGUGGCCGUCAUUUCCUUUUGCAGGGGACGGCAGAGGCAGCAGUAUCGCAUCGUGGCUGUGUUCCUGUUCACUGCAGUGGUUCUGCAGGCCUGCGCCCUGGUCCUCUACCCCAUCAAGUUCAUUGAUGGAACAGUUCUGCAGACCUAUCACGAGUUCAACUGGGGGUACGGGCUGGGCUGGGGAGCCACCAUCUUCAUGCUGGGCGGGGGCAUCCUGUUCUGCCUGCGGACGGACCUGUAUGAGGAUUCGAUGUAUUGAAACGUGACACUGCUGCUGGAAGUGCAUAAACACUCAGAGGCUCACUCUGCACGUGUGUGCCGGAGCACACAGCUUUCCUCCUCCUUAUUUUUAGACCAGUGGUCAAGGCCUUAUUUAGACCUAAACAGUGUGAGCAACCCCCCCACUAACUCCACCACACACACACAUACACACACACCCGUCAGGCUCGCUGAUAAUGGAGGGAGGUGGAAACAACAGCGAAGCACAGAGAGUUUUCUGGAUGGGCUGCUGCUGGAUCUUUCCUCUCACGUGGAUGUUAUUGUUAGAGGGAGAGCACAGACCUGAAUGAGCAGAGGCUGAAUAAUUCACAGGACUUCUCCACAUUUCCUUUUUUAUUCUUUUUAUAGAUGUUCACAACUAUUAGCUUGUUGCUGCUGUAUUUAUGGCACUAUUUUCCAUUUUAUGGCUAUAGAAAACAUCAACUACUCUCUAUUUUAGCUAAAAAAGACAUCUAGCGAGUUGAAAUUAGCACAGUUUGAUAUAAAUGCUAUCCAGUGUGUAGAUAUGUUGGAAAAAUCCAACUAGUUUGUCUCAUGAAAAUGUAAAUGUGUACAAAGAAUUUCUACAGAAUAAAGACACCUGUGGGAGCAUGAAAA